AUGUCCGAUCCUGCGUCGACAUCCAUCCCUGCACACGCCACAAACGGCGAGGCCCAUGCGCCCAACGACCACCACCACGCCCAACUCCCUCUAUCAGACUCCAAACCCGUGUCGGUAAACCGCAAGAAGCAAAAACGCAGACAAAAACAGGCCGCCCGCUUGGCUGCGGAGCGUCAGUUCGGAAACGGCCACAUCUCCGCGGACAUGUCUGAGCAGAACGGUCUGAGCCCUACCGCGCCAGCAUCUCAUGUAUCCGACGACCACGACCUCGAUGAACGCGCCAACGGCGAAACGUACUACGAGGAGAUCCACGACGCGACACAUGAUCUGGAUGACCACCCACCGAAUCUGUCAAACGGGCAACCCGGUCAACAAAAUGCCACGGCUCGGAAAUCCAAGAAGAAGAAAGGAAAGAAGAAUCGGGCUGGCUCACAGACCAUGGGCGAUGAAAGUUCGACUCCACUGUCCACUCCUUCAGUCUCCAUGUCACAGCAUCUGCCCCCGCCGUUACCGUCGCAUCUGCCUCACACGCUUCUGAAGACGAGUAAGGACCGCAGCAUUUGGAAUACCUCCACGCAAGAAGAGCGAGAGAACAUCAAGACGUUCUGGCUUGAGCUUGGGGAGGAGGAGCGACGCCAGCUCGUCAAGGUUGAAAAGGAUGCGGUCUUGAAAAAGAUGAAGGAGCAGCAGAAACACUCGUGCAGUUGUACCGUAUGUGGGAGGAAACGGACGGCUAUCGAGGAGGAACUGGAAGUACUAUACGACGCUUACUACGAGGAGUUGGAACAGUACGCCAACAACAACCAAGGCUCGUUCGAGAAGGGCCCGCCGAUGGUCCCGCCUCCGCGUUUAUACCACCCGCCUCUACGGUCACCCGGCCAACAUACACGGACGCAAGGCCAGUUUCAUCCCUCCCGAGGCCGGAUUCAUGAGUUGCCCGAAGACGACGAGGAUCUAGAGGAGGACUAUGAUGAGGAUGAUGAGGAUGACGAACCUUACAGCGACGACGAGUACGAAGACGAAGAGACCCGUGCAGCCCGCGCAGAUUUCUUCGCCUUUGGGAAUAGUCUAACUGUCAAAGGUAGGCGACAAAUUAUGCUUCUUUCUUUCAUUUUUCCGAAGCCGGUAACUAAUCUUAUUUUCACUCUUGCAGAUGGCAUCCUUACAGUCGCGGACGAUCUGUUAAAGAACGACGGGAAACAUUUCAUCGACAUGAUGGAGCAAUUAGCUGAGCGCCGAAUGCAACGUGAAGAGGAUACCCAAUACGGCAUAGCAGCAGCUCACCAAUCCCUCCAUGGCGGCCACAACCACGGCCCUCUAGAUGACGACGACUAUGACGAGGAAGAGGACGAGGACUACGAUAGUCAGGAGGAUGAAGAUUAUGAGGAGGAUGAAAUGGUCAGCUCCGGGAACUGGCCGGGUGGUGAUGCAGUGCAAGCUGACUCGUUUCUGCAGGACGCCAUGACGGAAGAGCAACGCAUGGAGGAAGGCCGACGGAUGUUUCAAAUAUUUGCGGCCCGAAUGUUCGAACAGCGCGUCUUGACAGCCUAUCGAGAAAAGGUCGCAGAACAGCGUCAGCAGAAACUGAUCGAAGAACUCAUGGAGGAGCAGACCCGAAACGAGCAACGAAAUGCCAAGAAAGCGCGGGAAGCUCAGAAGAGAAAGGACAAGAAGAAGCUCCAAAAGCAGGCCAAGGAGGAAGAGAAGGCGCGAAGGGAGGCGGAGAAGGCGGCCGAGGAAGCUGCAGCCAAGGCUGAACAGGAGAAGAAGCUCGAAGAGCAGAGGAGGAAGCGCGAGGAGCAAAAGAAGAAACGAGAGGCAGAACGCAAGGCCCAAGAAGCGGAGCGUCUCCGCAAAGAGGCGGAGAAGCAGAAGCGGUUACGUGAAGAAAGGGAGCGACAGGCUGAGAUUGAGAGAAAGCAACGAGAGCAGAAGGAGCUGGAGAAGAAGCGACGAGAAGAAGCACGGCAAAACGAAUUGCGAGAGAAGAAGACCAAGGAUGAGCGAGAACGUAAACUCAGGGAGGCCGCCCCCAAGACCGAUUACGAAGGUCAAGAGAAACGCGAUCCCCAAGCGAAACGAGUGUCGCAUACAGGACCGGUUCCGAUCCCAGCCAGCUUGCAACACGCCCAGGCGCUGCCUGCAUACUUGCAGUCACCGCACUACCAAAUCGCCACUCCUAUAGUCCCCAAAGCUCCGACACCUGCCAGGCCGCGGCAACCGUCUCAGCAGGGCUCCCAUACGUCGUCUCCACGAUCCCAGCCUGCAAGCACCGAGCCGUCACAGGUAUCCAUUUCCCCCCGGUCGAUGGCGCCAUCGCAGUCAUCAGGGGCGUCCAGCGUUACGUCUAAGCAGGGCCAUGGACAGCCACCGCUGCUUCACCAUCCCCAGCCCUCGACACCUCUGUCUCCCCUUGGUGCGCUGAACCGCUCUCAUCCACCCGGAUUCUCGCCAUCGAAUCCGCCUGGGUUGGGUCUGGUCGCACGUCCGCCGAUAGGCCAUGAGCUACCUUCAUACCCGCCGCAUUCGGGCCCGCUGAUGAAUCAACUGCGAGGAUUCCCUGCGCCGAAUGGACUGCCCGUGCUUCCAGGAAUGAAUGGAACUCGUCCCAUGCCUCCAGGACGGGGCUUUCCGCUCGAUCCAGGACAUGGUCUAGCAUUCCAUCAGCAGCCCAUAGCCAAUGCAUUCGCUGCGCAGCCAAGCGGGCUGUCUCAUGCUCAUUCCAGGCAACCGUCCAGCUCGUUUGAGCGGUCGCCUUUGGAUGCGCAUGCGUUCCCGAUCUCCCGGCCUAGUCCUAUCAAGCGCCCGUCAAGCACUCAACAAGACCAGAACAACCGGUCGGCACAGCGGGAUGUGGAUGAUCUAAGUGCGCAUCUGGGUAGUAGUGCUCUUCUCGACGACAGUGACGUCCCAUUCACUUCGAAUCUCUCCCAGUCGCUUCCUGGUGCGACUGCUCCUGGAACCUUGCCUGGACCUACCCGAGCCAGCUUUGCAGGAACGUCCCUCUUCGCAGAUCCCCUAGCAGCCAAACACAGUGGUUUCCCAAUUGGCCCGAGUGUAGGAAACACGUGGAGUACGCAGAUUCCCUUCGGCACGUCUCCUUUCCCCAGCGCUCCAACAUGGGGAACUGGACCUGGAAGUGGCUGGUCCAACAACGCAUUUGCCCCUGGCGGUCACCACCGUGCGCAUACCUCUCGGCCCGUGACGAUACGACUGCUGGUCAUCCAGGCCUGCAAGCAACUCAACAUGAUGAGCCCUUCCAAAGGAGCCAGUGGGUACCAUGAUGUGAAAGUUGUCCUUCGUCAGGUCGACCAGCUACGGCCAGUCAACGAGCCCCCGAUCUCGUUGAAGGAAAUGCUGGACAUCUGCGACACCGAAGGCAACUCGCAGAACGGAGGCGGAUCGUUCUCAAUCAGGAGCGAUGAAACGGGCGAAUGUGUCAAGUUCGAGCCGGACACGAACAGUGCGUCCUCAGGUCACAGAGGCAGCAUCGUGCCCGGGGAAAUCGGCAGUCCGGUUCCCAGUAGCAGUCUUCCAGCGUUUGGCGGAAUCGGCUCAUCGACACCAUCAGUGCUACGGCAAUUCUCUUCCCCUACGGGUUUCUAG